GUGAUAAUGAAAUACUGGCGCAAACAACAACUACUACUGAUAAUAGUAGUAGUUGUUGUGACGAUGAUGAUAAUUAUAACACUAAAUAUAUGAAUCUAUCUGAAACAAAUAAACUAAAUACUGAUAAAUCAUAUUCACCUUAUGCUUAUCAUUAUUUACGUUUACCAUGUGAUUCAUAUAUAUCAAAAAUACAUAAUGAUUUACAUCGUAUUACUGGUAUACCAAUAACAAAUCAAUUAUGGUCUAUUAAAUCAAAACAUAAUCGUAAUGAUAAUAAUAAGAAGAGUAAUCUAUUAUUUAGUGAACAAACACCAUCGAAUGAAGUGUUGGAUUCAUUAGUCAAUGAAUUGAAUCGGCAUUAUCCUCAACAGUUAAAUAAACAGUCGUUUAAAACUCAAUCCAUUUUGUCAAAACAUUCAAAUGUUGCUGAACAAAAAUCUAGUCAUGACAAUGUAACAUUAGCUGAUUGUGGUUUGAAAUCCGGUGAUGUUUGUGAUUUAUGCUUGACUGCUUCAAAUCCAUUAAAUCAUCAUAAAAAUCCAAGUAAAGCUCAAUUAUCUCACAAUGCUGUUGAUACCCAUUCCGAAUCAUUACAACAACGAGCAAAGAAAUCAUAUUCACAUUCUCUUGAUGAUAAUAUUCCUAGUGGUUCUUCCACCACCACCACUACUACCACUGCUGCUACUGACGUCCUCAUCACUGAAACUUCUUCCACUAGGAAUAAGUCUAACCGUAAAAUAUCAAGCUCGAAAAAACCCAAUCAUCGUAACGUAUCUCCAGAAAUUGGAUUCGAUGAUGACUAUGAUAACUGUAAUGACGACAAUGAGGAGGAGGAGGAUGAAGAAGAUUAUGACAUGGAUUACCAUUAUUCUAGUGAUGAGAUACUUGAUGAAACUGAUGAUAAAAAAAUCACUCCAUGGAAUCAACCAUUAAUUCCUGAUGAUCCAAGUUUCGAAGAUCCAGAAUUGGCUACACAACAAUUUUGUAUAGUAUUUUUACAACGUUAUUGUAGGGAUGGUGUGACUAUGUCGCCACCAUUUUCUACAUGUAGCCUCGAAACUGCUCUAUCUUUAUCAGUUGGCACUGGUCAAGUGUGUGAUCGUAAACCAUUAUUUAUAUAUUUACACAAUGAUGCGAGUGUAGCAUGUCAUGUCUUCUGUCAACAAGUAUUAUGCUCAUCUGGUUUACUUAGAUUUCUAACUGAUCAUGAUUUUAGUUUAUGGCCAUGGGAUAUAACACAUACACGAACUAGAGAACGUUUAAUUGGUUGGCUUGAAGUGAAACUACCAAAUUUAUCAAGAAUAAUUACAUCAUUAACUGUAGAUAGUUAUCCUAUUCUAGCAAUGAUUGUCAAAUUAUCGAGUCAAUUAGAAGUGUUAUGUAUUGUAAUGGGUACUGGGAUUGUAAAAAUGUGGCCACCAGUUGAACAUUUUCCACCUUUGCUAAAUGUACGUCGUAGUAGUAGUAGCAGUCAUUUUACAUCAUCAUCAACAACAACUGUACAAUCAGUGAAAAAUGAUGAUAAUUCCUCGUCAGUGGUCACCAGUUGUGGUAGUUUAAAACCAGAUGUAAUUGUUGCAGAAUUAUGGCAAGCUUAUACAACAUAUUUGGAAUUGUUAGAACCGGAAUGUGCAGCUGAACGUGAAAUUAUUGCUCGACGACGUGUACUAGAAGAACAAGAAGCAGCCUAUGAAGAAUCGUUACGACGUGAUCAAGAAAAGGAAUGGGAACGUGCCAAAGCCAAAGCGGAAGAAGAUAAACGCAAACAACUUGAAGAAGAAAAACGUAUAAACGAUGAAAUAAAAGCUACACAACAUCGAUUAUUUAUGGCUGCUAGUUUACCACCGGAACCACCUACACCAAAAACACCAGCAGCUGAAGCAUUUUUAUCUACACCAAAUGGUGUUGACGGUAUUACAACGUUGCGUUUUCGUUUACCUCCUCAGUGUUCUAAUGAUCCGAAUGUAAAGCAUAGUACAAUGAUUCGACGUUUCGCUGGUUCAGAUAUUUUAAAACAUGUAUUUAUGUUUAUGGAAUCGAAAGGUUAUUCCAAAUCAGAUUAUAAACUCUUCACUACAUAUCCAAUCCGAGAUUUAACUUUAAUGGAUGAAAAUAUGACUUUAGCUAAUUUAGAUCUUGUUCCACAAGAAACACUUACUUUGGAAUUACGUUAAUUUAAACAAACAGGAAAUGUCAAAUAAUCGAAUCCACACCCCUCCCGUCAUUUUGUUUGUUUGUUUAUUCAGUAUAUUCAUUAUACAUAUACAUAUAUGAUGUAUGAUGUAGUUGUAUGGUACAAUUACUGCAAACACUGUACUUGUUUUUGGGUUUCUUCUUCUUAUUAUUUUGUUACACA